CUUGAUCUUUAUCGACAAUUCCUUUUACACCAAUACACCAAACCAUUGUGAAUGGUCAGUCAACGUUCACGUAAGAAGAUAGAUUUCCUGGGGAUUUUAGAUUCUUUUAAUAAAAAAAGAAAUGAGAAACAAAGUGCUCCAGUAUUCCGUAAGGCAUUUUAUGCAACGUUUCAGUAAGAACAAACCAAAUUUUGGCACCUGCAACACAGUGGAAAUUGGUAAUGUCUCCGAAGAGAGGGAGGUGCCGGAGCACAUAGUGAAGCCAGAUUAUUACUAUAAACCUAUGCCGCCCGGCUUUACAUUGGGCGAGCCGGAAAUCAAGAAUCAACAGCAAAUUGAAUGCAUGCGCAACAGUUGCAAGUUAGCAGCCCAGGUACUGAAGUCUUGUACCGAUAUUAUUAAAGUUGGUGUCACUACCGAUGAAAUUGACGAAUUUGUUCAUAAUAGUAUCAUCGCAGCGAAUGCAUAUCCCUCACCACUGCGCUAUGCCAGCUUUCCAAAAUCAACCUGCACUUCGGUAAAUAAUGUUGCCUGUCAUGGCAUACCAGACGAUCGUCCUCUGCAUGAUGGCGAUAUUAUAAAUGUGGAUAUUACGGUUUUCCUCAACGGUUAUCAUGGAGAUUGUUCGAAAACCUUUAUGGUUGGCGAUGUCGAUGAGAGAGGCCGCUAUUUGGUGGAAAAAACCGAAGAAUGUUUACAUGAAUGUAUUCAAUUGUGUCGGCCACAGGUCGAAUUCAAAGCCAUAGGAAAUUUUAUAGCAAAAUUCUGCAAACAAACGGGACUCAAUACAAUUCCAGCAUUUAUUGGUCAUGGCAUUGGCAGUUAUUUUCAUGGUCCACCAGAAAUACUUCAUUUCAAAAAUAAUGUGCCCGGCACCAUGCAGUCUGGCAUGACAUUUACAAUUGAACCCAUAUUGACGUUGGGUGGACCUGAUAUUGAAAUCCAAGAAGAUGGUUGGACGGCUAUGAGUGUGGAUGGUGCAAGGAGUGCACAAUUCGAACACACAAUUUUGGUUACCGAUGAUGGCUGUGAGAUUUUAACAAAAACUGAUGAGAAUUAAUGCUGUAAGAAAUAAAAAAUAAUGAUUGAGAGAAAUGGAAAAAUGUUUGAAA